UUCUUUGAAUGACAUUUUUUUCCAGAUUAAACACCGAAAAUGGUGUCAGGAAUGAAAUGCACAAUAACAUGUUUUACCACAUUCUACAGAAUACAACAUGUUAUGUUUAUAUGUGUUUAGUCUGUCAACCGUAAAUGACUUCCGCUAACUUUUUUAUUUGCUGUAUUUGUGUCACAGAAUAGUUAUAAUAUCACCUUCUAACCAACAAGUUCAACAUUGAUUAGAAAAAGCCUUGAUCCUAUACACUCAAAAAAUACUCAAAAUGUGUAUUUCAGUUAAUAGUAAAAUUCCAUCAAAUUGAAUUGAAUAAUCCUUACAAGAAUUUAAAUGAGUAAAAAAAACUAGAGAUUAAUAAAACAUAAAUUCAUAAAUUAAAAAAAAAAAAAAAUGAAAAUAUGUUUAGAAUUAGGAAUACAAAUCACAUAAACUAAAUGGUCCAUUCCCCUUUAUCCAAUAAGAUUUAUACAAAAUGUUUUAUUAAGCUCGUUUUUUUUUUUUUUUUACUCAUUUUUAUUCAAAAUUACUCAUUUUGAAAUUCAUAAAUCUUUAAAAAAGGCUUUUGUGUGUGUGUGUGUGUGUGUGUGUGUGUGUGUGUGUGUGUGUGUGUGUGUAAAAGUAGGCCAUAUGACAGCUUUGUAUGAUGAACAAACCAAAGUGGUUAUUCACUGAAAAUCAAAUCCGUUUCACACUCAGAUUUAAUCUUGGUGUGUAAAGGUGGAUGUCUAUGAUCUGAAACCCAGAUGAUGUCUUGUCAUCCUAAACUAGGUUGUCCACCCCAAAACGGCCAUCCAAAUCCCACACCUCAGCCUGAAGGUCCUGCACCGGCUCCUCCUGCUGCAGAGCUCCAGCCAGACAACCAACCACCUCCAGUUCAGAAAGCCUUGAAUCCAUCUGAACCAAGUAAUCCAGCUCCUCACCAGGUUCAGCUGCAUGAAGGUUGUCCAUCCCAAAAAGACCUUACAAAUCCCAUGCCUCAGCCUGAAGGUCCUGCACCGGCUCCUCCAGCCAUAGAACUUCAUCCUGACAAUCAACCACCUCCAGUUCACCCAGCUUUAAAUCCGUCUGAUACAAGUAAUCCAGCACCUCACCAGGCUCAGCUGCAUGGAGGUAAACUUAGAACAAAUGGCAUCUACUCUAAUAUUAGUCUUUCUGGUUAUCCCGAGGUUCACCGUAGUCAACCGGAUCCGGGCCGUAUCCAGGUGAGACCAAGGACCUGCGCCUUGACACAACCACAACGCAGCCCUGAAGUAUCAGCAGAGAUUGAGUCAACUAGAUCAUCCACUCUGAGGGCCUCAUCGACACGACAGCCACGACACAGUUCCUCAACAACCGUCCAUACCGCCGUGAUGAAUACGAUCCUCAAUUGGAUGGAACUGGAAUAAAUACUGUGAAUGUUGCGAUCCUGUCGGACUUAUGAUAGCUACCUGAAUCGUAACAAAGCACUGUUGGCCAGAGGAGAACUAGCCCCCCGACUAAGCCUGGUUUCUCCCAAGGUUUUUUUCUCCAUUUAAACACCUAUUUGCCACUUGUCUGCCACCUGAUGUCACCUGAUGGAGUUUGGGUUCCUUGCCGCUGUCGCCUUUGGCUUGCUUAGUUGGGGACACUUGACAUUUGACUUGACAUUUGAUAUUCAACAGUGCUUUGAUCUGCCUGCAUUGACACUAUUCUUUUAAGAGCUGCUGUGCAGCCAAAUAAUGUACCAGUUAUCAAUGUAAAGCUGCUUUGACACAAUCUACAUUGUAAAAAGCGCUAUAAAAAAAUAAAAAUAAAUAAAGAUCAAUAAAAC